AUAAGACAGCCUUCUUUUAUCUAUUUAUUUCCUCAUCAUUCUUGUUUUCCUUCUCAAAAUCUUCUUUGUACUUCAAAUGGCCACUGUUGAGGUUGUAUCAGCAACAACAGCACUCCCAGAGGAGAAACCAGAGGAAUCAAACAAGGCUCAAGAAACCACCACAGAAGAGGUAGUGACUACUAGUACUACUACACCCGAGCCUGCACCAGAAGAGCCAAAGGAACCCAAGACUACUGCUGUAUCGGAAGAAGUACUAGAGGCUCCGGAAGUUGAGACUAAGGAGGAACUAAAAGAGGCUAAGGUUGCACCUGAAGAGCAAGUAGUGGUGGAGAAAACAGAAGAAGAGACACCAAAGGUGGAGAAAGAGCCAGUGGUGGAGGAAACUACUGAUUCUGCCGAGGUAGCGGCGCCACCAGAACCAGAGGCUGAAUCUCCAAAAGAGGAAGUUGCUCGGGAAGAAGAGAAACAAGCUGAAGCUGCAGAAGAGGAAGUUGACAAAGAAGCUGCACCAGUUGAUAAGACUGAGGAAUAAACCUAUGAAAGUGUGGCUUAGUGAAGAGUUUGUGUCACUAUAUAUGUGUCAUGUUCGAUGAGUGUCUAGUACUCUAUCUAAUAAGGUCGACAAUAAUUAGGUGGUAUGUUUAGGAGACCGGAUUCGCUGCUGUAACAUCACCGUCGUUUACUUAUUUGACAUGCACGAUUAUACAUACGAGUGAUCGUAAUUGUUAUCGUAUU